AGGACUUGCAUUUUGUCAAGGUCUUCUUUUUCCGUACCUUUAGAAGUUAUUUUCUCUUGUUCUGAGAAAGAAAUCUUGAAUUGGAUGCGUAUCAGGAUGUUUUGAAGAAUAGCACCAACCCUCCGGGAGAUAGUCACUUCAACGCCAUGACCAAAGACAAAGAAUCUCCCAUCAGAAGCUGUCAUUUUAUUUACAUCGUGGCCUUAGUAUUUGGAACCAUAAUCCAGUUCUCUGUUGAAAGCGAAUUUGUGGUAGACAUGUCAAAAACAAGCCUUAUUCAUGUUCCCAAAGACCUGCCACCAAAAACUGAGGUCUUAGACUUGUCUCAAAACAACAUAUCUGAGCUUCACCUGUCUGAUGUCAGCUUUCUCUCAGGGCUGAAAGUUCUGAGACUUUCCCAUAAUAGAAUCCAGGGCCUUGAUGUUAGUAUUUUCAAGUUCAACCAUCAUUUGGAAUAUUUGGAUUUAUCUCACAAUCAGCUGCAGAAGAUAUCUUGCCAUCCAAUCACCACGAGUCUCAAGCACUUAGACCUCUCAUUCAAUGACUUUGAUGCCCUGCCCAUCUGUAAGGAAUUUGGCAACUUGACCCAACUGAAUUUCUUAGGAUUGGGUGCUGCAAAGUUACAACAAUUAGAUCUGCUACCAGUUGCUCACUUGCACCUAAGUUGUAUCCUUCUGGAUUUGGAAGAUUAUUAUAUGAAAGAAAAUAAGAAAGAAAGCCUUCAAAUUCUGAAUACAAAGAAACUUCACCUUGUUUUUCACCCAAAUAGCUUUUUCUCUGUCCAAGUGAACAUAUCAGUGAAUAGUUUAGGGUGCUUACAACUGACUAAUAUUAAAUUGAAUGAUGACAAUUGUCAAGUUUUACUUAAAUUUUUAUCAGGACUCACUGGAGGACCAACCUUACUAAAUUUUACCCUCAACCAUAUGAAAACAACUUGGAAAUGUUUGGUUAAAGUUUUUCAAUUCCUUUGGCCCAAACCUGUAGAAUAUCUCAAUAUUUACAAUUUAACAAUAGUUGAAAAAAUUGAUGAAGAAGUUUUUACUUAUUAUAAAACGACAUUGAAGGCACUGAAAAUAGAAGAUAUUACAAAUGAAGUUUUUAUUUUUUCACAGGCAGCAGUAUACACACUGUUUUCUGAGAUGAAUAUUCUGAUGUUAACCAUAUCAGACACACGCUUUAUACACAUGCUUUGUCCUCAGGGACCAAGCACAUUUAAGUUUCUGAACUUUACCCAGAAUGCUAUCACAGAUAGUGUCUUUCAAAAUUGUGGCACUUUAACUAGAUUGGAGACACUUAUUUUACAAAAGAAUGAAUUAAAAGACCUUUUCAAAACAAGUCUCAUGACUAAGGAUAUGCUUUCUUUGGAAACACUGGAUGUUAGCUGGAAUCUUUGGAAUAUGACAGAUAUAACGGAAAUUGUACUUGGGCUGGGAGUAUAG